AUGAGACAUAGUUUUUCUCGAUUAGAGCAUUUACCAAAUGAAAUGCUGGCUGAAAUAUUUGAAUAUAUUAGUACUCAAACUCUUUUUCAACCUUUUUAUAAUCUCAAUUAUCGUUUAAAUACAGUUAUUCAGUCUCUUAAUAGUCAUUAUCUUUCACUUACAACAACAGACUGUGAUCAAAUAGAACGUUAUAAUUUUAUUGCACCAUAUAUUAGUAUUCUAUUGAUUGAAGGUAGAGCACAAUUAAAUUUAAAUUAUUUUACAAAUAUUCGUCGUCUUAUUCUUAUACAAUCAACUGAUGAAUUUGUUGAACAACUCGAAAGAGUUCAUCUACCAUACUUAGAACAUCUUGUUAUAAAUUUAGGAAAUCGAAGAGAAAAUGAUUGUAUGCCUUAUUAUUGGAAUAGAAUCUUUUCAUAUGAUUUACCUUAUUUAAAUAUUUGUUGUAUGUAUAAUAUAAAUUUAACAUGGACAUGUUCAUCUUGGAGACAAAUGUUAUCAUUACAUAUUUUAAAAAUUGGUGAUAUUGAUAUACUUGUCUAUGAAUUAAUUUUAUCAUCAUGUCCUAAUUUAUGUUUUUUUAAAUUUACAAGAUUAAUAUCAAAUAAGAAACCAACGAAUAUUAUUCAACAUAUGAAUUUAAAAAAAUUAAUUAUUGUAAUACCAUGGUUUGAAGAACUUUCACAAGAUUGUUUGAUGAAUGAUUUUUUUUCAUAUGUACCAAAUUUAGAAAAACUUAUUUUUCAUCGAACAAAUGAAAGUAAAGCUAUAAAUGAAAAUUAUUUACAAUAUGAUUGGUAUAUAUCAUCGAUUACAUCAUAUUUACCAUUACUUUCUCAUUUUAUUUAUUAUUUUCAUAUAUUAAAAUCUAAUUGGUUAAUUAAUUCAACUCAUCCAAAUAUAUUCGAUCAAAUUCAAGAACAUUUUAAUUAUAUUCAUCGUCAUGUAUAUCAACGUCGAUUUAUUCUUGAUUUAAUGGGAUAA